AUGACGCCAAGUGGUGGAAUCAAACGAUCAAGGGAUGAAAAGGAUGAGACGUCUAUCGUAAAGCGCGUUCGCUUUGCACAUUCCGUCUCUUCUACCUCAUCUAUCUAUCUGUCUAUUGCAACCAAUGUCGAUCAAGUUGAAGCGCAGAAACUCAAGUGGUUUGGCCCUACAUUCACGUACCAUACGUUUGGUAUUGAUGAAGUCAUUAAUGGAUAUAAGGAGCUUAAUAUCUUUGUGACGUUUAAUGGGUUUGACUUUCAAGCUUUAUUAGACGUCAAGUAUAAGGAAAAAGAAGAUACUGCAGAUGACGUCGUGUCAAAGAUGCUAUCGUCACUACCACAUGAUGUUUACUUGAGCAAAGAUGAGUUUGCAGUGGCGCUGAGCAAGGCAGCAGCUGACUUUACUUGUCCUCCUGGGAAUUGCAUUGAGACGUACGCUACGGAAACAGUCAUACAAGAUGGUGAAGAACAAUUAGCCGAUAAACGAUAUUUUGAGAUUUAUGAGUGUAAGCUAGACGGUAAUGAGCCAGCUCAGAAACUGCUUGCCAACUUGCAGACACUUUCGUUGUGGUUCAUUGAAGGAGCGGACGCGGUGGAUGUAACUGAUCCACGAUGGGUACUUUACUUGACCUAUGAGCGAACGAAGGAUGGCAGCGGACCUUUUUGCCCAGUGGGAUUCAUUACUGUCUUUAAAUUUUGCAGUCCUCUUGGACGAAAGGCUGCGUACUGCAAGUCAGAUCAGAAUAAAACGCGCCGUAUUUGUCAAGCUCUUGUCUUUCCGACAUACCAGCGCCAAGGCCAUGCUGAACGCCUUGUGCAUUGUAUUCAUGCGCAAGCAAUGUCAAAUAGUGGCGUGUACGAACUAACUGUAGAAGACCCGGUGCCAGGUUUUUCUUGUCUUCGAGACCUUGUUGAUCUAAAAAACUGCGUGAAACAUGAUUUUUUUUGCCUUGCGCCGGAACAAAGUACAGAUGCAGGUGGAACUGGUCGAGGUACGGCCACAUUAACGAUUGCUGAUAUCCACGCCGUGCAAAGGAUACUAAAGCUCACGCGCAAACAAGUGCAGACGUGCUAUGAAGCCCGCAAGCUCAUGUUUGUAGACUUAAACGACGAGAUACAGCGGAAAAAGUAUCGUCUUGAAGUAAAGAAGCGACUAUAUCGAAUGUACACGGAAGAACUGGAUGGCAUGAGUGACGCGGAAUGUCGUAAAGCGUUUCUCGAGACGGAGUAUAAGCGUCUAGAAGGACAUUAUCAACAAAUGGCUUUAAAACUUACUUAA